AUGAACAUGGACGAAUACAACUGCCGCUUGCUCUCGUUCGUGCCCCGGGCCCUUGAUGGCGAGGCCGAGCGUUGGCCCGUGGACACACUGCGUCCUGAAGACAUGGCUGGUGCGGGCUUCCGAUACACCGGGGAGAGAAGACAUCAGGCGGACAGCGUGACGUGCGAUUUCUGCGAGAUGCAGGCGUGGGCGUGGGAGGCCAAGGAUGAUCCUUUUGAGGAACAUCAGACUGGAUCACCCAACUGUCAGUAUCUCACCACCCAGCUCUUCAAGGACCGCCACGGGGUCUUCCUCUUGAAGAGAGAGGCCACAGACAAGGCUUCGCCUGCCGCGUCAAACACCGUCGACGAGAUCUUGACACCUCCCGUGACGCCCGUCAAGCCCAAGGCCGGCCGCAAGCCUGGCCGGAAGCCUGGCCGCAGCAUGGUCCUCUCGCCCAUCGUUACUGUGUAUGACAGCACCCCUUCCGAUGACCAGAAGCAGAAUGCCGUCCACCGCGAAACCGAAAACAGCCCCAUCGAGAUCGCCAUCACAGCUGGUGGCACCAAGUUCACCAUUCAGGUUGCCGACGUCGGCCCCAGAGGCACGAAGCGUCGUCGGAUCGAUUAA